UACGAUUGCACUAGAGCCGGAGAUCUCCAGCAUUCUUGCGAGAGUAGCCUGAUACAUGUGUGUGUGAAGUGUUCUUGCAUGAAUUGUCAGCGAUGCUAUUCGCUGCUUUAUCUAGCUACCUGCAGCAUCCAAUCGCAGAGGACAAUAGCAAUCAACACAUCCCCUUCUGGUUACUACGUGUGA